AUGAAGCUUCAUGGGUAUUGGCUCGUGUACGGAAUCAUCGGGAUCAAUAUUUCGGUAUUCCUCUGCUUUUAUGCGGCAAAAUCUACAUUCAAACGCGGAGACGCUCGGUCGCUCAAAUGGAUGGCAGAAAACUUUACAUUCUCGGCGGGAAACAUCCGGCAAGGAAGAAUGCCUGUUCAUUUCAUUAGAGUAUCCUGGACACUCGUGACAUCCGCAUUUGCGCACCACUCUACCAUUCAUUUACUUAUGAAUACACUGGGGUUGUGGCGAUUGCGUCCUGACGCUCAGUAUCUUGGAUCAUAUUCCUUCCUCACGGUAUACCUGGCAGGUGCUGUCGGCAGUAGUCUGGCGUCCGCUUAUUGGAACCAGAACCACCCCGUCCAUGGGAUGGGGGCCAGUGGCGCAAUGAACGCAGUCAAAUCGUUUAUGGCUUGCAUGACCCCAAGAUCAUCUGUAACGCUAUUUGGCAUCCCAAUGUCUCUUUGGGUUGCAGAGGCUGGCAUCUUCCUUUACGACCUUUACCGCGUCGAAAGUGGGAGCAGACGUCUUACGUCGAUUGGGUUUGAGGGCCACAUCGGCGGAACCAUGACGGGUAUCGCUCUUUUCUUUGUGCGUCGCGGGCUGGGUAUCGCAUGA